AUGACAUUCAAAAUAAUAUUAGUUUUAAGUUUAGUGAAUGUGUUGAGUGUACAAUCAGCUAAAAUUUUAGGAGUAUUUCCUAUGCCAUCUAUCAGUCACCAAGUGGUUUUUCGUAAACUUACUCAAGAACUUGCCAAGAGAGGUCAUGAGUUGACUGUAAUCACAACUGAUCCAGUAUACCUUAAAGGGGAGGCUCCUGUGAAUUACCAAGAAAUUGAUGUUCGAAACGUAUCUUACAGCAAACUACAGAAGUUUUUCCAAGCCAAUUAUAAAGUUGACCAAAAUCUUCCAAGUUUCUCAGAGCUGCGAGAAGGGUCUUUAUUAUUACCAUCUCUUUUUGAAGCUCAGUUAGAAACUACAGAAAUUAAAGAAUUACUAACUAAGGACAAAGAUAGUUUUAACUUAAUUUUAAUUGAAGCUGUUAUGCAUCCUGCUGUUGCGUUUUCUCACAAGUUUAACGCCCCAACAAUACUAAUUAGCUCAAUGGGAGCAUUUUUCAAUAAUCACGAUAUUUUGGGAUCUUUAACUCAUCCAUUUCUUUACCCAUCUUUUAUUCAUAGAAGAAUUUACAACUUAAGCAUUUAUGAAAAAAUUAUCAAUUUAUACUAUGAUUUAAUUUAUAAAUAUGCUGUAUAUUCAAAUGAAAACUAUGAAAAUAAAAUGUUACAAAAACAUUUUGGCUCAGAUAUUCCUCCAUUAAGUGAAUUGUACGAGAAUAUUCAUAUGCUAUUUAUAAAUCUUAACCCUAUUUGGGCUGAUAACCAGCCAGUGCCGCCAAGUGUCGUUUACAUGGGUGGUAUUCACCAGCUCCCAGAAAAAGAAUUACCAGAGAAUCUUAAGACAUAUUUGGAUUCGGCGGAGAGAGAUGUUAUAUAUUUAAGUUUCGGAACUAAUAUAUUACCACAAAUGAUGCCUUCUGAUAAAGUAGACAUAAUGGUGAAAGUUCUUUCUAGCCUACCCUACAACGUUUUAUGGAAAUGGAACGACGAAGAACUACAUGGAAAGUCAGAUAAUAUUAAUAUUUCUAAAUGGUACCCACAAUCGGAUUUACUAAGACAUCCGAAGGUUAAGUUAUUCAUUACACAAGCUGGUCUUCAAUCGACUGAUGAAGCAAUAUCUGCUGGCGUGCCACUUGUGGCAGUUCCAAUGCUAGGUGAUCAAUGGUAUAAUGCAGAAAAAUAUGUCAGACACGGAAUAGGAACUAAAGUGGACAUCAAAUAUUUAACUGAAGAUGAAUUUAGAAGUGCCAUCGAGACUGUUAUUAAAGAUAAAAGAUAUCGUGAAAAUAUAAUGGAACUACGUAAAUUAAUACGUGACCAACCAGAGUCGUCUCUAGACCGUGCACUGUGGUGGUCUGAGUAUGUCAUACGGAACAAAGGAGCCAAACAACUGAGGGCGCGAGGUUCAGAUGAUUUUUCUUUGGCUACUUUUUAUCUAUGCUAUGGCACCUCAACAGGUUUAAGUGAAAUU